AUGACCAGUACUUCAACACCAAGGUUAUACACUGAGGAAAUUAUGUUUUCAAAUUGCGAUCCAUUGUCAAUCAAUAAUGUUAAAGAAUUAUUUAAAAAGCCAUAUUUAGAAUCAAUUGAUAUUCCACUCUUCACUAUAUUCUAUUUUGCUUGUGGUUGGUUGAGUUUUAAUAGCUUAAAUGAUAUUGGACCAGUAGAAUUAAUAAUUAAAAAUACAAUAACCUCUCUUUACUUCACCAAAGAAACCUUUACCUGUCUAAAAAAAAAAAUAAUUAUAUAA